AUUUUGUUGCUCACGGAAAUAGCGCUAUGUAAUAACGGUGAAGAUCUUCCUAUCAGGCUCAGUCUCAUCAUGAUCUUAAGCGCGAUUUCCACAACAGGACAUCCUCACCACGACAGAAAAGAGCGCGAGAUCGUCACGGUGCGUAACCGACAGGCGGCUGUGACGUCACAAUGGAACAUAUGCCUGCCUAUUUAAAGCGCAGACCCAAAGUCAGAACUUCAUUCACACACGGUGUUAAUUGAGCGGCGGAGCGUUUACAGUGCAAGGAAAUGGCAGAUUUGCAAAAUGUAAGCAACGAGCUACAGAACCUGUUGGAGAAAGACAGGGAAUUGGUUAAAGUGCAAGAAAAAAAUGAGGAGAUGGCCAGGAAAAUAAGACAACUUGAGCAGGACAGAGAAGAAAUACGAGACCUCAUUAAAAUGGAAGCAGAGGAGGAUCAAAAGUUCAACGAAGAAACGCAGAAAUCUAUGAAUGAACUUAGGCUCAGAAGGGAGGAGCAAGACAGAGCUCACCUAGCAUGCCUCGAGGAGUUUAUGAGGCAGGCGAUGGGUCUGGAAAGAAACGAAGCGAUGAAGAACGAGGAGACAGAUUCAGCACAGAAACACGCUGAAACAGAGCUACCAGAGACGGAGGAAUCCUGGAAAGAGCUUUACAGCUCGCUGGUGCAGAAGCUACAAGAAAAAGACGACAAGGUGGAGAGAAUGAAAGAAGAGAAUGAAGAGAUAUUUAAGAGGAUUCAGAAGCUUGAGAUGGAAGAAGAAGAGAGACAAGAAGGUCUCAGGGAAAUUGAGCUGAAUCAUGCUCUAGAACAAAUUCAGAGAGAUAUGAUUGCUAUGAAGCAGGAGCAAGAGGAGAAGGAUAGUGCUCACCUGGCAUUCGUUCAGCAAGUAAUGCCACAGCUUGAGUCCAUGCAACAAGACAUGGCGCAUAUAAACGAGGAGAAGGAGCAAUACAAACUAAUGGUGCAAGAAGUGAAAAAUCUGAAUGCUGAACUUCUAGAACAAAAUGCUGUUCUCCAGGCUUCCUUGAAACAUUUUGAGGAACGAGAAGUGGAAGCAGAAAGGUUAAGACACAUCUUGCAAAAGGACAGAGAGGACUUGGAUAAAGAGAAAUGUGAGUUGGAGAAAGAGAAAGAGAGUUGCAUGAAAAUGAGAGAUAACAUGGAGAAAGAGAAUGAACGCCUAGAGAAGGACAAAAGCAGAUUGGAGAGAGACAAAGAUAGACUGGAGAAGGAAAAGGAAAGCUUGGACACGGACAAAGGCAACUUGAAAAACGAGAGAGAGAUCUUGGAAACAAGGAUAGAAGGCAUGAGGAAUGAGCAGGAGUGCUUUAUGAAGGAGAGCGAGAUCUUGAAGAAAGAACAAGAGGAUUUGAAAGAAAAGAAAGAGAGCGUGAAGAAUGAGAUGGAGAGUUUGGAAAAAGAGAAAGAGGAAUUGGAGAAAGUGAAAGGGUGCCUAAACGAAGAGAGACAGCAUUUGGAAAACGAGAAGGAGAGCUUGGAGAAAGGAGAGAGGGCUUGAAAG